CACUCAGCCCUCCCCUCAGCUCCUCCUCCCCUCUCUCCCCUUCACAAUCAGCUGCUAGAGAGGCCACCAAUCCGUCCACUUCAUAACUACUCUGCCUUACCAGUCUGGGAGGACUUGGCAUGGAGACCCCUGGCAUCAGGAUCCUUACUAUGAUCAACUAAUAGCUACCAAGGAUCUGGGUGGCAGAGUCAAGCCUGCAUUGAGCUGGGAGGAAUAGGAAGCACAGAGCAGGGAAGGAGAAGAGAUACAAGCUGUUCAGGCUCUCACACAUACAGUAAGGUGGAUACAUACUCUUGCUCUGAUGGGGGACUUAGGAUCACGACGUUCAACACUAGUUUCCAGGUUGCCUAUUUUUCGACGCAGCAUUGGAAAAAGACAAGACUCUUUACCUUCUUCACCAUCAUCCAAUAAUACAAGUGGAUUGCACAGUUCCUCCCCAUCUAGUACCAAUUCCAGCUCAGGUAGUACAGGAAAACGCAGAAGUAUAUUUCGCACUCCGUCUUUGAGUUUCCACCAUAAAAAAGAGAAUGACCACAAACGUGACUCCACUUGCCAAACAAAUAAUAUUUCCAAUGGUGCUCAGACAACAACCCACAGCAGCUCACAGAAACUAGAUUUGGAAGAAAAAACUAAAACCAAAGACAGAAGCUCUACUGGACUUCCUAGCUCUUGCAAAAAGAAAAUUACAAGGUCGUAUACAGAGGAUUUUGAAAAACGUAAGGUCCAGUCAACUAAUAAGAAUGUAUUUACAAACUGUUUGGGAAAAAGCGAAAGAGAUGACUCAGGAUUUACUGAAGAAUACAGUAGGAACUCUGUUAAACAUUCCACAAGAAAACUGCUUCCUAGAUCUUUUUCUACUCAUUACAGGUUUUCUAAACCUGCAUCUCAAUGCCAAUCUCCAUCAGUUAGGUUGAAUUCAAUAUGUUCCCAGGACUUGCAGAUACCAUGUUCAAAUAUCGAGUCUUCUAUUGUCAAGCCAGUGUUACCAAUUGCUUCUGAGAUACUUGAAUACACAGAAGCAUCGUUAGAAUCUCCACUUAUUUCCACAGAUCACACCACUGCCCCCCAGACUCCAUCAGAAUUUGUAUUUAUGGAUGACUCUGCUUCCGAAGCAGACUCUUUGCCAAACAGUGGAAAACAGCCUCAUAAACAGCAUUUUUGCCACACUGUCUCUACCUCACAGACUUCAUCUAGUCCAGUAUUGGGAGAUACCCAAGCAAAUAUGGAAACUGCAUUUGUGGAAAAUACCUCUCAGUGUGAUUUUAUGCCCCUUACAAAACACCAAGCCGAUACACUUGUUGAGAGAACCGGUUCAAGCACUUCACUAAUAUGCUCCAAUACUUGUCAAUCAAAAGUAUUAUUACCAAUUUCUGAACUUUCUACAAAGGAUAUUCAGAGAACUCAAACUGGUUCAACAGUACAACAUGGAGACACAGAAGUGUUUCAAAAUGGAGCACACUCGCUCUCAACUGAGAGCUUUCCAAAGAAAUAUAAACCAGCCUUAGAUCAUUAUGAGGUAACAAAUGAAAGGCCGAAAACUCAUCGUUCUAUAUCAGAAUCAAAAGGCAUCUGCUCUCCUGAGCCUCACACAUCUUUAAUGCAACAUGGGCUUGCCAGAGUUAACUAUGCAAGCAGUUUCAGUCCAUUUCGUGAUGGACGGUAUUCUGAGAGACGUUUGAGGUCAUCCUCCGAAGGCACGGCAGGAAGUAGCAGAAUGAUGUACAAACCAAAAGAGGGAAACCGAGAGGAAGUGAACAGCCUACGAAAACAGAGAACAAUUUCAACAUCUUCCAAAAUGAACAGCAUGGAUGUGCUAAAUAAUCUGGGCUCCUGUGAAUUGGAUGAGGAUGAUCUCAUGCUUGAUUUGGAGUUUACAGAAGAGCAGUAUCUUCGUAGAGUUUGUCGAGAGGAUUCCUUCCAGUCAAUAGUGUCCUGCUCAGCAGUUGUUCAUUCACAUGUAGAGCCAACAAAUGAAAGAAAGAAACCUGUAGAAGAAGAACCAAAAAUUAUGGAAACAGCAAAAAAAAAUCUCUUUCUCCAUUUACCAAAAGAGAGUGAUCAAGAAGAUGUGAAGUAUCCUCGAAUCUCCCAAGUGCCCACCAGCCCAUCUGUAGAGUGGCCCUUGGCACAGGAAGAGAGCGCGGGACUGGAAUCACUACCUUUCAGACUGAUGAUGCAAGACUGUACAUCCGUGAAGACGCUUCUUCUGAAAAUGAAGAGGCUUCUUCAAGAGAGUGCUGACAUGAGCCCGACAAGUAGUACAACUUCACUUCCAAUUAGUCCCAUCGCUGAGAGAAGUCUUCCUUUUAAGGAUAUAAUGAAAGAUGAAUGCUCCAUGCUGAAGCUGCAACUUAAAGAACGAGAUGAACUUAUUCUUCAACUGCAAGAGGAACUGGCCAAGACUAGAAGAUAUCAAUCAUCUAAUAUUUCCAGGCAAAAUAAAUCCACACAAACUGAUUUUUUAAGCCAUGAUGUCCAGAGGAGCCCUGCAAGUACAGAAGGCCCAAUUUAUAAAGCUAUCAGACCUGUUCAUUGUUUUCAGCAUUAUCAGUUCAAAACCAACAUCUGGACGCAAGACGCUUUACACUAAUGUAUUCAAUUAAGUUUCAUUAAAAUGUAAUAAACUCCUCUUUCCAAACAAUUAAUGUGUUGAAGGACUAUGCUGCUAAAUUGCAGUUUUACUUUAUCAAGAAGGAAAAUAUUCUUUUUUUCUGACAUUGGUGUACAGAUAUAUUUUCAUUGCAGGGAAUUUUAAUAUAGAAUUAAGUGUUUAUUUAUCCUUCUGGGAAAAAUCUUUUAUAUAAUAAUAAUAAUUUAAAAUACUAAGGACCAUGCACUUGGACCUGAAGACAGCACAUUGUUUUGAGAUGUUUUAUGUUAAUUGUGUUACAUUUACAAUGAGCGGACUCUGAGCUGUCUGAAUCUAAAUUUUUUGAUUUGUUUAUUUCUGUAACCUAGCAAAACCAUGUACAAUUCAAUUGAUAAUUUAUGCCAUUAAAUGUUUAAAUUUG